GGCGGCUGUGGCUGUGAGUCAUAGAAUAAGCUGUGUAAAAAGGAAACGUCAUAUACAUUGGAAUGAUUGGUAUAUUGUGUUCUGCUUAAUCGGUGAAUUAACAAAUUUUUCUUGAAUCGCAUUAACUUUCAAGAACUCUACAACAUGUUAGCUUUAAUUAAUCGAAUUUUAGACUGGUUCAAAAGUUUGUUUUGGAAGGAAGAGAUGGAACUGACCUUAGUGGGUUUACAGUAUUCUGGGAAAACGACAUUUGUCAAUGUUAUUUCGUCUGGUCAGUUUUGUGAGGACAUGAUUCCUACUGUUGGAUUCAAUAUGAGAAAAGUCUCGAGGGGCAAUGUAACGAUCAAGAUAUGGGAUAUUGGUGGUCAACCUAGAUUUAGAAGCAUGUGGGAAAGAUAUUGCCGUGGAGUAAAUGCAAUUGUUUACAUGGUUGAUGCCGCAGAUCUAGAAAAAAUAGAGGCUUCAAGAAAUGAACUUCACAAUUUAUUGGAUAAACCACAACUAAUGGGAAUCCCUGUACUUGUACUUGGAAAUAAAAGAGACUUGCUUAAUGCCUUGGAUGAAAAGGAAUUAAUUGAACAAAUGAAUUUAUCAGCAAUUCAAGAUAGAGAAAUUUGCUGCUAUUCAAUAUCUUGUAAGGAAAAGGAUAACAUAGAUAUAACUCUGCAGUGGCUUAUCUCUCAUUCAAAGAACAACCAUUGAGUAAUCCUUUAAACUCUCAGGUUUUUUAUCACUUGUCACUUCAGAAGAUGUGUAUAUGGUAAACUGGACUUUGCUUGGUGAAAAAUAUAGAUAAAAAGACCUGAAUGUGAACAACUAUUGUCCGUAUGUUUUUAUUCAGUAGUGAAACAUGAGAAAGACAUUUUUGGUAUGAACUGUUUACUGAUAACGCUGUGUUUGUUUUGUAUUUGUAAGUGCACUGAGGUAUACAGCAGAAAUUACAUUUUUUCUUUGCAUCAACAUUCUGUUCCUUUAGUUUUGUAAAUGUACUUCAAACUUAGUUAGCAUUUCCAUAAAAACAAGUUUUUUGAUUCUUACAAUUGAUACAUUUUAUAAUUUUCAUGUGUAAAAUUUUAGCAAAGUUUAAUUUUAAAUUAAAAAAAUUAAACCACAUUAUUCAAGUAGUAAGUGAUACUCUGUGUUAAUGCAUUUUUAAUGUCAUUUUUCUAAACUUUUUCACUUGUCUAGGGGGGUUUCAUGUGUAUGUGUAUUAUUUAAUGCUCAAAUGGCACAAUUUUUUAAACUUCUAAAAUACUCUUAAAUGCAAACUGAACCCUAAUUAUUAUUAUUUUUUUAAAAUAAAACCUCCAAAUAAAUUUGAAAACCAAAUAGAAUUUUUAAUCAUUAUUUCUACUUAGAAACAUAAAAAUAAUUAUAAAACAAUGCUUAUAUAAAAAAAAAAGAUUUUAAUGGAUACAGAUCUAUUCAUUUUUCUGAAUGCUUUUGCUGUAUCUUGUAAUAUGCUAAUUAUAUAUAUUGCUGCCUCAGAGCAACACUAGACAUCUAAUCCCAAGAAUGACUCUUAAGACUGUGAGGAGAAAAUACAAGGGGUGUCUCAAAAAUGUAACAACAAACUUUUAGUAGAAAUUGAUCAUAUUUCUGUGCAAUUCUUUCUUUUCAAUGUAAUCUGUCUCUCCUAAAAGUUUAUUGCUAUUUUUUUGAGACACCUUGCAUAAACUUAUGUGUUGAGGUUCUCUUGGUUGUAUUUUCAAAUAAUUUUAAAUGUAAUAAAUUUUGUUCAACCAGAUACAUUUAAUAUUAUUUUAAUUGUUAAUUUUUAUUCAGUGUUAAUUAGAGUAAUGGUAUUGUGAUGUAAUGCAUCAUUUGUUUCGAAAUCAAAGUUUCAAGCUGUGUAUCAUUUAUUAUAAAGCAUUACUCAGUUAUCAAUCAUGCAUAGUUAUUUUUUAAUGCAAUUAUAGUCUACUAUCAAAGAAGUGCUUUGAACAACUGACAGAACUAAGUUUUGAAACAAAAGUGGAUUAUCUUUGGAAAAGAUCAAAUACUUUUCUGAUUAAAAAAAAAAUACAUCUAUUGGUAAACCGUGAUUUUGGUGUCAAUGAGUAACAAGUUUUCAUGCGAACUGGCAACAGCAGAUGUUUCUCACAUAUUGUAAGUAGCUAUCUUACUUAGCAGCAGCUUUCAGCAUUUGAAUGCUAAUCCUUGCAAGAAGUGGCGAUCUGCUGCAGUAUACUCCCUGGGAUGUUCUUCAUGGGAAAGGUACCGUAUCACUCUAUAAUACAUGUAACGAAACACAGCAAUGAUUUUCUCACUUGUCAUGAUUGACUUCCCCAUUGACUUGCCCAUGAGCAACUCACGAUCGAAUCACCUUACAUACCAGAAACUCAGACUGAUCUAAUUUUAGAAUGACGUCUAUAAAUCUUGACAUUAUUUCAAGGCAUUGGUUUGAACAAAUGUUGCAGUCACCAAUUGAAAAAUCAUCUCCAAUGUUAAUGUAUAGUGCAGGUUUUUUCGAGUGUGAUAAAGUGGAUCACAUUUCAUUCUAAUAAAAAUAUAAAUUUAAUUUCUAAGAAGUAGUGGAAUAUUUGGGGUAUAGCAUCUGUGGGUAUAGUAUUUAAAUCUGAAUUAUUUCUUUUGCCAUUCAUAAAAAUAGCUGGUGAGAUUGUAAAAAUGGAAAAUACAAUGAAGAGAAACUCUGCAUACAUAUACAUUCACGCACCUCUAUGAUUAUUAAAUGUUUGAAGUUGAAUCAUUUCAUUUGCAUAACCUAGACAUUGUAAAAAGUAAAACAUUGUGCGAUUUAUCAAAUAUUAUCCAAUCACUCAGUAAUUUUAACAUUUGAAUUUUAUUUGAAAUUAACUUGAGUAGAAACUUAGAAACUAAAAUUUUCUUGGUCUUGCACAGUGUUAUUGUGUUAUUGUUUAUUUUUGCUUAUAUAAUCUUUGUGCAAUAUUUAUAAACUUUAAGGGGACAAUUAAUAGUUUGGGAGAGGGGAUAUUAUUUAAUUAGCCAUACAUCUAAAAAGACAAUUUACAUCAAGUUUACAAGAUUUUUCUUUCGCCAAAGUAUGUUCUUAAAUUUUAUAAACUUAUCUCAAAUGUAAUCUCUUUAAAUGCUGAAGGAAUUAAACUACUAGAAAGAAAAGAAAAAAAACAUCUUAAUCAAGUAGAUUAUUUCUAUUUUAAUGACAAAAAUUUUUCAAUAUAAAUGUUUUUUACUUUAUUUUCCAUACAAAAGUGCCAAGUUGUGAGAAUAUUGGAUGUUUUAGAAGGCAUAAGUGAUGCAAAACCACUGUAAGAUAUGGAACACUAGUGUCAAGAUAAUUCUUAACCAUUGACUAUCCUUUUAUGAUAUAAGAACUUCAAUUUAAUUUUUCAUUAAAUUGAUACCUCACCAAAGUAAAGUUAUUAAAUUUUUCGGAUUGAUGUUUGUAUAAUUUCGAAAAAAAUUUUAAGAGUUGCUUUAAGGAACAGUUUGUAAAAUAUUGUAAAAUAUUUGGUGCUAUUAAAAAUAUGCUUUUUUGUUUGUAAAUAAAUAUUUGUGUUCA